GUGCAGGGAAGGGGAGGUGGCCUGAUCAGGACAAUGAUGAUGCAAUGUUGAAGAAUAAGCUGGAGGAGAGAAGUAACAGGCACCAUGGAAAAAACCAAAACAAAGCAAGGAGAGAAUGAACAUAUGCCGGUGAAUAGUCCUUCCACGCAGAUUUACCAGUUGCAGGCCUUAGCCUCUGAGCUGAAAACUGGAUUCACAGAAGCAAUGCAGGAACUGUCAAGAAUCCAACAUGGAGAAUAUGCUUUGGAAGAAAAGGUUAAGAGCUGUAGGUGUUCCAUGGAAGAAAAAGUUACUGAGAUGAAGAAUUCAUUAAACUAUUUCAAGGAAGAGCUGAGCAAUGCCAUGUCAAUGAUCCAGGCUAUCACUUCCAAACAAGAAGAAAUGCAACAGAAAAUUGAACAGCUUCAACAGGAGAAGAGAAGAGAAUCUCGAAAAGUUAAAGCCAAAAAAACUCAAAAAGAAGAACAUGGCACACAGGCUGGGCCUGCUCAACAAGCCCAAGGAAGCCCUUUCCGCUCCAUCAACAUCCCUGAACCUGUUCUGCCAAGUGAAGAAUUCACAAAUAUUUUGCCAUCUCAGGCCUAUGAGAAAGCCCAAGAGUCCAGAUCUGUUCAUGUAGGAGAGAGUAAUGUGAAGGGAAUGAUGGGUCCUGGAGUGAACCCAACAACUCCAGAAGCAGAUGAAAACCUCAAGUCUUGUCUCUCAGCUGACAUCCAGCCCAAAGGCCACCUCUCAUCUGGUGUAUGGAGGCAGCCAAAGGAUGGCAAAGAAUGGGGGGAAGAAUAUGUCACAAAAGACCACCCAGAUAAACUCAAGGAAGCUGGCCAGGGUAGACACAGUUCCCUGGAGAAUGUUUUAUGUGAAACCUCUUUAGCUGCCAAAAGACAAACUGUGGCUCUAGAACUGCUUGAAUCUGAAAGAAAAUAUGUUAUUAACAUCUCUCUGAUCCUGAAGAUAAAGGCAACAUUCCAGGGGUCAGAUGGAAAGAGGAAUUCCAAAGAGAGAAGCCUCUUCCCUGGGUCUUUACGGUACAUUGUCCAGCAGCACCUGGAUUUGCUUCAUGCACUGCAGGAAAGGGUCCUGAAAUGGCCACGCCAAGGAGUUCUUGGAGAUUUAUUCCUUAAACUAACAAAUGAUGAGAAUAACUUCUUGGAUUAUUAUGUUGCCUAUUUGAGGGAUUUACCAGAAUGCAUCUCAUUGGUUCAUGUUGUUGUUCUGAAGGAGGGUGAUGAAGAGAUUAAAUCUGACAUCUAUACACUGUUUUUUCACAUAGUCCAGCGGAUCCCUGAAUAUCUGAUACAUCUGCAGAAUGUCCUCAAGUUCACAGAGCAAGAACAUCCUGACUAUUACCUACUACUGGUGUGCGUUCAGCGUCUCCGAGUAUUUAUCUCACACUAUACCCUGCUGUUUCAGUGCAAUGAGGAUUUGCUUAUUCAGAAACGGAAAAAGCUCAAGAAGUCAUCAAUGGCAAAGCUAUACAAAGGGCUGGCUUCCCAGUGUGCAAAUGCUGGCCAAGAUGCUUCCCCUACUGCAGGCCCUGAGGCUGUCCGAGACGGUGGGAUCCACUCAGAAGAGAUUCUGCAACCCUACCCAUCUGCUCCCAGUUCUGGCCCCACUGUCACACACCUGAUGCCCCCAGUGAAGAAAGGCCAACAGCAGCAAAGCAUGAUGGAGAGCAUGCAGCCCGGGAAGCCCAGUGACUGGGAGAUGGAGGGCAGAAAGCACGAGAGGCCUGAGAGCCUGCUGGCGCCGGCACAGUUCUGUGCGGCCGAGCAGGACGUGAAGGCGCUCGCCGGGCCCCUGCAGGCCAUCCCCGAGAUGGACUUCGAGCCCUCUCCCGCCGAGCAGCUGGGCAACGUGGAGCGCUCCCUGCGCGCCCCGGCCGAGCUGCUGCCCGACGCCCGCGGCUUCGUGCCGGCGGGCUACGAGGAGUUCGAAUACGGCGGCGAGAUCUUCGCGCUGCCUGCGCCUUACGACGAGGAGCCCUUCCAGGCCCCGGCCCUCUUCGAGAACUGCUCGCCGGCCUCUUCCGAGUCCAGCCUGGACAUCUGUUUCCUGAGGCCCGUCAGCUUCGCCAUGGAGGCCGAGCGGCCCGAGCACGCGCUGCAGCCGCUGCCCAAGAGCGCCACGUCGCCGGCGAGCAGCAGCGGCGCCUAUAAGCUGGAGGCAGCGGCGCAGGCGCAGGCGCACGGCAAGACCAAGCCGCUGAGUCGCUCGCUCAAGGAGUUCCCGCGCACGCCGCCCGCCGAGGGCGUGGCCCCGCGCCUCUACAGCACGCGCAGCAGCAGCGGCGGCCGCGCGCCGCUCAAGGCCGAGCGCGCGGAGCGCGCGGAGCGCGCCGCGCAGCCCCACGGCCCGGCCGGUGGCGCCGCCGUACCCCGCGGCGCGCCGCGGACCUUCUUCCCCCAACAGAGGUCCCAAAGCGAAAAACAGACCUAUUUGGAAGUAAGGAGGGAGAUGCAUUUAGAAGACACCACCCGAUUCUGUCCAAAGGAAGAAAGAGAAAGUGAACAAACAUCUUUCAGCGAUCAAAAUCCCAGGCAAGACCAGAAAGGGGGCUUUCGCAGCUCCUUCCGCAAGCUCUUUAAAAAGAAGUCCAGUGGAUCAGAAUACAGGGAAAAAACUAAUGAGAAUCCCUCAAUGGAUCCUUCACCCACCAAACAAGAUUUCUUCAGAAACCGACUUGCUCUUGCAAAUGACCUUGACCAAGGAACAGCUGUGUAAAACAUAUUUAAAGUUGUAUUGUCAAGUGGUAAGAUGAGGAUAAAAAGCUUGUAUAUAUCUGUGUAGGAAUAUAUGUAUAUAUAUAUAUACAUAAAAUAUAUAUAUCAAUGUAUAAAUCCCUGAGGAAAACCAAUAUAAAUACUUACAUAUGAAACUAACAACAUACAAGACAUUGAAGAGAUGAAGAUUAGUGUAUGGUUAAGACCUGGCUUUUUGAAACUCAAUACUUGGGAAAAGGGAAUGAAGACUUUUCAUAUCAUUACAGAAAAACACAAUCAAUUUGGAGGAAAAUAAAUGUUUGUAAGAACAAAACCUUGCACCUUGAAGUCAUUCCCCAAGUAUAAUAUUGAGCAUGUUCAUAUUUCACAGGGAUGUGAAUUUUGUGUUUCCUAGGCAUUUAGCUUAUUAAUGCAUCCUAGUGUGCUUAGAUUAAUAUACACUGCUAGGGGCCAAUUGUGUCUUGCCAUAUGUCUUCAGAACCCCUAAGGCAAUAGGUAACAUCCCUUAAAACAAAGCAGGUUAAUUAACACAACUGUAUCUUACAUGUUGCAAAUCUGAGUUAUGAAGAAUUUGUGCUUAAGCCAUGAUACAAAAAAGUUCAAAGGUUAAAGACACUUGAUCUUCAAACUUGUUUGGUGGUAAUGGAAAACAGUAAUAGGAACAAUGAUUUCUGUAGACACUGGGUAGCUGGGGAACAAAAAAAAAAAGCUCCAUAUUUUUCCCUUGUAUGGAUUGUACUGAGGUUGGGAAUAAUCCAGAGUCUUUGUAUUGCUGAGUACUCAGUAUUCCAGAUCCACCUGUGAUCCUAAGUGUCRCACACACUCAUGAUCAGAUGGAUUAAGAAAAAAGCACUGAUUUCGCCACAUCCUUAAAAAAAGACUUUCUUCAGUCUGGACAGAAGGUGGCAACAGCAAUAGUACUUUAACAGUAGACACAUAGAGGUUACUACAAACACCAGGUCAUAAUGAAAACUCAGGGAUGCAGUACCUAACUUUUGCAGAAGUUGUAAAGACACAAAGCUCUUAUAGGUCAGAUAAAGGAAUCAUAAUGCAAUGAAUGUCUUCCUGGUUCUGGGGUAGUAAAAUGUGCUGUUUCCUUAUAGACAUGGCCCAAAUGACUGGUGUCCUUGAUAUGCCCAUGAUAAUAAAAAAAAAAUAGAUUUAAAAUAUUUGUCUCCAUUCCUAGUCAGUUACCUAUAAAAAAUUAGGAGUAUUUGACUUAUGUACAUUCAGAAUCCUAGUACUCAACCUGACUUCUUCAGACCAUGUUCCUCUGUGAAUGAAUGCACUGUUGGAUAAAAUAGGGGAUGUUUUAUUUCUAAGUAUUACAACUUUACUUCUCUUUGGCAAUUAAUUAGCAACAUUAGUAGCGUGAACAGUAGGUUUCUGGAACAUGUUAAGAAUCACUGCCAAGUUUUUGAAGUUUGCAAUAUUAAAUUUAAGUCAA